CUUCCUCAAAAACAGAAAAACAGAGUUGAUCAGCUGACGGGUGGUGCAGGAGCACAAAGUUUACGCAUGAAGUUGUAAAUUUGAGUUUUGACACGUCCAUUUGUCUCCAAUUGUUUGCGUAAGCCCGACGAGAAAAAAACAGAGGAAUGUGAGGAGGAAGUGGAGGAAAGUGCCGGUAUCUGGAAGCACUCAGAGUGGGUGGUAGGAGUCGUCUCUCGGCCACAACAAAGAGGGAAAAUGGGCAGUGACUACCAAACAUUGUCUCCAGCAGAGUCAUGCAGAAGUGUAUUCAUGGAGAUACCAGAAUGCUUCAUAUGCCGGGACGCUGAACUUCAAGCCAGCGACCCGCUGAGCAACUUCUGCGACUGCAAAAACUUACUUGUCCAUCACGCGUGUCUGUCCACAUGGAUCCAGAAGGGAUACGGCAGUGAUGACAGGCUGCGAUGUAUCAUCUGCAAAGCCAAGUACCAGCUCCAGUGGAGUUCUCCGUGGCGGUCGGUUGGCUUCCAGUGGCAGACGUGGCUCGUGCUGAUCUCUGUGUUCGCCCUGCUGGGUCUGGUGCCCUUUGCCGUCUACUACAUGAUGACCGUCUUCACCAGCCCUCCGCCUCCCAGCACCUUUAAAGUGGCGGCAGCCUCUUUCGGUCUGCUGACGGAGAUCAUGCUCAUCAAGUGUCUGGCGACCUUCCUCAGCGGUCGCUACCGGCAGGCUGAGCAGAGGGCCUUCACCAUCCGGGCCAGGGGCACCGGUGAAGGCGGAGCGAGCCGGGGCCCAGCGGCGGGUCACGCCCCAUCAGCGCCCGCAGCCAGUCAAGUCAACGCAAGGAAGGCGGAUGUGUUGGAGAGUGGCUACCUUUUCUAAAAACCACAAACAGGAGUUUACAGAAUUAGGGCGGCCAAGGGUAAAUCCUUUGGAGUAUUAGCUGUGUCUAACAGCCAUUCACGAAAAUCACGUCACUUUAUCAGCGUAGCAUUUAGUGGAGAUUUUACACUUUAAAACCAAUUUUUUGUAUUUGCACUUUAUUCAGUGGAUAUAGCCUCGCCUAUUGCAAAGUGAUGAUGAGGAAGGGAAUGCACGCAGCUUGCACGAGCGUGAUCAGGGGGAGAGGGAGGAAAAGGCUGAAAUCUCUCUCUCUUCCCUUAAUGAUGCCCACACAGAGACAAUGGGGCGCCGCUCUGAUUAGUGUCACCUGUCCUUGUGCAUCUCAUCAGCUCCAUUAUGGCUCCAUCUCCCGUGCUCCUUCCGCUAAUUGAAUAGCCCGUGAGGUGGUGACGAGGACGGGGGGGGGGAGCAGCGUCUGUCCCGCCGCCGCUACACAAAGCGAGAGAACCUUCUUCACCAGUGAGACGCUCUGGGUUCCCGAAACAUAACCGUUAUCAUACAGACGGAGGAAGGUGCCAGCAAGUAGCCCUUCGUGUUCUGUCACCGCCACGUCGUCUAACGCUGUAUUUUCAAAUGUAGCAGCUUUUCGGUUUGCACCUAUACUGUGUGUUUUUCGAGGGAGACGCAACGCUGCGGUUUCUUCGAUACGUCUGACAGGACGUUCAUAUCGGACGUAGCCACAAGCCACACUCACUUCAUGUUUUCCAUGUGUAUAGUCCUACAGUAUCUGCAGAUAAAAAAAAAAAUUGUUGGAAAGUGUUGAUAAGAAAUGAUAUAGCUUUGAGGUCAGGAUAUUGAAACACAGGGUUAAAGGCUCUGUAUUUUUACUUAAUGUCAACAACAUCCACGAGAAAACCAAAGUUAUUUUAUUUCAAUACCCACUGACCCAAGCCCACUGGCAUUAUAGAUACAAAUAAUUCAAAAAUAUGUGGCAAUAUUUUUUGUUUUUCAUUAAGGCCAAGUAAUAAAAACCACUAAACACUCAAAGUUUGGACCAAAAAGUGGACGUUGCUGUAAAAACUUAUUUUUAAUGGGGACUAUUUUCAUCUACAGAUUAAUACACCUUUGGUAUACUAGUACUAUUAUACCACUGUUUGUGUUUGGUGUAGUAUACGUGGGCAUCUAUGGCCAACAAACUUCAUUCUAAUGGGUCAUUGGAGGUACGCCAGUGCUUUCAUAAAAUUAGGGGCCUAGGAAGACGAUAACCUUGGGUUCUUUGUAUGUCCAAAGCUGCAGCCUACAUUGCCCAUAAUGCAACCAGUACUUCCUUUAUUUUCUCUUACCCUUCAUGCUCAGUAAGUAUUCGUGCCCCCCAGUUUGUACCACAUGCACAUCUCUUCUGAAUUCAUAGUCUACAGGCCCGAGCAGAGAUAAAACCCGAUGACAUCAACAGGGUGAUGUUUAACUCAGACUUCCUCCGCAGCCACAGAACACAUUAAACAACUGUUUCCCCCUCAAGUCACAGUGUUCUCUCAGAAUGUGCGGUGAAUAAGUGUAACUCUGUCACUGAAUUUCAGUUGGAAACGUUCCUGUAUAUUACACAUGUUGAUUAAUUGAAAACUGUGUUGCUAUUAACCGUCAUUAACUUUUGUUGUUGAAAAAAGUUUUUAUGCUGUCUGUGGAAACAAAUAAAAAAAAAACUUGGGGCAGGCCUCAAUCUGAUGUUUACAUUGAA